AUGGGUUUGUUGAAGAAAUUGAGAAAUUCACGUGAGUCAUCAUUGUUCAAACAAAUCGUCAUUUAUUGAAAAAAACAAUUUAUUUAGAGAAUUCUCUCAACUUGUCCUGUCAUACUCAUCAAUUUUUAUUCUGUAAAUGUAUUUUUCAAUUUUUUCCCGAAGAUAUAAUUGAGCUUAUUUUUCUGUUAAAUAUCACAUCUUUUCUUUCUGUUUCCCCCUCACGAAUUAUUCAAAAAAAAACCUUGAGAGAAGUGCAAAGGCAAAUAAAAGAGGAAUUAGAGAAGCAGAGAGAUGUUUUUUCUAGCUAGGCCAUUGCGAAACAAUUUUAUUUUUUCCAAUAUUUCCUUCAUUUUCUAGAAAAUUCUCAACGUAGAAUAUUUUCAGCCGGAAUGUCGAAAGCAACUUCGCCAGUUAGUGAAAAAGAAAAACAAGAGGAAGAUUUCUACGAGUUGUUAGGUGUUGAGAAAUUGGCUUCCGAAGCUGAAAUCAAAAGUGCAUAUAGAAAAUUGGCUCUAAAAUAUCAUCCAGAUAGAAAUCCAGGAGAUGUUCAUGGUGAGUUAUUUUUUAUUUGUUAAUCAAUAUUUUUUCCAAAGUUUGUAUUAAUUGAAAAAUACUUGUUUUUAGCUCAAGAACAAUUCAAAAAAGUAUCGAUUGCUUAUUCUGUUCUCUCUGAUCCAAACAAACGUCGUCAAUAUGAUGUAAGCGGACCAUCAGAAAAUCAAUUAGAUUUCGAAGGAUUCGAUGUUUCUGAAAUGGGUGGAGUUGGCCGAGUUUUCGGUGCUCUUUUCACCAAACUCGGUGUUCCAAUUCCAACUCAAAUUGUACCAAAAGUAUUAGCACAAGCAAGACAUAUUUGUAUGGGAGAAGAAUGUGAAGUUAGUGCAAAACCAUUGCAACCAGGAGAAGUUAUUGGAGCAAGUGUCGGAAAACAACACGCACAUUUCUACGAAAUUGAUGUCUUGGAUUCUUAUCGAGAAAAUGGUGUAACUAUUGUUUGUAACAGUGCGUCAUCAAGCAAAUUCAAAUUGGUACUUUUUGAUAGAGAAGGAGGUGUAAGACUUAUUCAAGAAAGUCAAAAACGCGGAAAAUCCGGAACUCAAGCUGAUAUGUUUUUUGUUCCUUAUACAAUUGCUAAUAUUGGUGAAUUCAAUGCAAUGAAAUAUCAUUUAGAAGACAAGUUAGUUUCAGAGAAGAAAGAAAGUAUGAAAAUCAAUAAUUUUUGCAGAGAAACUCCACUUCCAUUUCAUUAUUUGGACACUUUUGAAACUCAAACUGCUCAACUUUUGGAUUCUAGAAAACAUUAUUUCGCUGUUUAUGGAGACAAUUGGAUCAAUGAUGUCAAGUUAGUUCUUUUUCUAAAGUUGUUUUCACAAUUUUAGUUUCCUAAUUUCAGAUAUAAUGUUUCAUUCACACCAGUUUCAAAAGAUUCGAAGGAAAAAUUGAUGGAAAUUACUGAAUUGGAAAAAGUUCUCGGGGAUAAGAAAACUGAUAUGUUGAAGUUUCAAAGAGAAUUUGCAGAGGCAAAGAGAGUGUGAGUUUGAAAUGGGAACAGUUUGAGUUUAAGGAGAUUUGGCUGGGCUAAAGCCAUAAUAAAAAGUCUCGAAAUAAAUCUGAACCUUUUCCCUUUUAGACAUGUUUCAUUCCAGAUUCGAAGCUGCUUGUGAACGAAUAAAACUUGAAGAUAAAUUCAUAACUGAAUCGCUCAAAAAACGCGAAGAAUUAUACGACGAUGUCAUUUCGAAAAGCCGAGCUCCGUUCCAAAAUCAAAUUUCGCCAUCGAAAUCUUCGAAAGGAUUUCUUGGUGGAUGGUUCAAAUAA